CCACCGCCCACCUGGGGCUGGGGAGCGAGCUGCUGGCUGCAACUUAGCGGAGAAGGGCCGGGCUGGGCGAGCGUACGGCCAUGGCCCCGUGGCUGCAGCUCUGCUCUUUCUUUUUCACUGUCAACGCCUGCCUCAAUGGCUCGCAGCUGGCAGUGGCCGCGGGUGGCUCGGGCCGCGCAAAGGGCGCCGACACCUGUGGCUGGAGGGGAGUGGGGCCGGCCAGCAGAAACAGCGGGCUGCACAACAUCACCUUCAGAUACGACAACUGUACCACCUACCUGAAUCCUGUUGGGAAGCACAUGAUUGCUGAUGCCCAGAAUAUCACAAUAAGCCAGUACGCUUGCCAUGACCAAGUGGCAGUCACCAUUCUUUGGUCCCCAGGGGCCCUUGGCAUUGAAUUCCUAAAAGGAUUCCGAGUAAUACUGGAGGAGCUGAAGGCAGAGGGCAGGCAGUGCCAACAGCUGAUUCUAAAGGACCCGAAACAGCUCAACAGUAGCUUCAAAAGAACCGGAAUGGAAUCUCAGCCUUUUCUGAAUAUGAAAUUUGAAACGGAUUACUUUGUAAAGAUUGUUCCUUUCCCUUCCAUUAAAAACGAAAGCAAUUACCAGCCGUUCUUCUUCAGAACCCGGGCUUGUGACCUGUUAUUACAGCCUGACGACCUGGCCUGUAAGCCCUUCUGGAAGCCCCGGAACCUGAACAUCACCCAGCACGGGUCAGAUAUGCACGUGUCCUUUGAGCAUGCGCCUCAUAACUUCGGCUUCCGCAGCUUCCACCUUCACUACAAGCUCAAGCACGAAGGCCACUUCCGGCGGAGGGCUUGCAAGCAGGAUCAGAAUGCAGAGACAACCAGCUGUGUCCUCCAGAAUGUCUCUCCAGGGGAUUAUAUCAUCGAGGUGGUGGACAACAACAACACAACGAGGAAAGUGGUGCAGUAUGUGGUAAAACCAGUUCACUCGCCCUGGGCCGGACCUAUCAGAGCUGUGGCCAUCACCGUGCCUCUGGUUGUCAUAUCAGCAUUCGCAACACUUUUCACCGUGAUGUGCAGAAAGAAACAGCAAGAAAAUAUAUAUUCACAUUUAGAUGAAGAAAGCCCCGAGUCCUCCACAUAUGCUGCGGUUCUCCCCAGAGACAGGCUCCGCCCACGACCCAAGGUCUUCCUCUGCUACUCCAGUAAAGAUGGCCAGACUCAUACGAACGUGGUCCAGUGUUUCGCCUACUUCCUCCAGGACUUCUGUGGCUGUGAGGUGGCUGUGGACCUAUGGGAAGAUUUCAGCCUCUGCAGAGAAGGGCAGAGAGAAUGGGUCAUUCAGAAGAUCCACGAAUCCCACUUCAUCAUUGUCGUGUGCUCCAAAGGCAUGAAGUACUUCGUAGAUAAGAACUGCAAACACAAAGGAGGCAGCCGAGCCACAGGGCAAGGAGAGCUCUUUCUAGUGGCCGUGGCAGCCAUUGCUGAAAAGCUCCGUCAGGCCAAGCAGAGUUCAUUGGCAACACUGAGCAAGUUCAUCACCGUCUACUUUGAUUAUUCCUGUGAGGGAGAUAUCCCCUGCAUCCUGGACCUGAGUACCAAAUACAAGCUCAUGGACAACCUUCCUGAGCUGUGUUCCCAUCUGCACUCUGGCGAACACAGCCCUCAAGACCCAGGACACAGAAGUAGAAGGAACUACUUCCGGAGCAAGUCUGGCCGCUCCUUGUAUGUUGCCAUUUGCAACAUGCACCAAUUUAUUGAGGAGGAACCUGAUUGGUUCGAGAAGCAGUUCAUACCCUUCCAUCCUCCCCCUGUGCGCUACCAGGAGCCAGUCCUAGAGAAGUUUGACUCAGGUUUGGUUUUAAAUGACGUCAUAAGCAAACCAGAGCCAGAGAGUGACUUCUGUCUAAAAGCUGAGGCUUCUAUACUUGGGGCCACUGGGCCAGCUGACUCUUACUCAUAUCUUGAGAAUCAGCAUGGGGGGUUGGACCAAGAUGCUGAGGCCCAGCCCACCUAUGAUGGCGGCGCUGCCUUGCGGCCCCUGUUGCAUGCAGUGAAAGCUGGCGGUCCCUCAGAUAUGCCGAGGGACUCAGGCAUAUAUGAUUCCUCCGUGCCAUCAUCAGAGCUGUCUCUGCCUCUGAUGGAAGGACUCUCCCCUGACCAGAUGGAAACAUCUUCCUUGACGGAGAGUGUGUCUUCCUCCUCUGGCCUAGGCGAGGAGGAUCCCCCUAUCCUCCCUUCCAAGCUCCUCGCCUCUGGGGUGUGCAAAGCAGAACAUGGUUGCCACAGCUACACUGGUGAACUCCAAGCGGUUGCCCCUUUGUAAGGACGAGGAAGUGUCUAAGCAUCGCCACUUUAACUGCCUCUCUCCCUGGUUCUCCAACUCACCUGUGGUUGUGCAGCCUUCAUGGAGCUGAGGGCUCACGUGAGGAUAUCUGGAAUGAAAUUCCGGCCAGCCUUCUAACAGAUACUUAGCAGAGUCUCCAAUUUCCCAAAAAGCAUAUGGAAUUCAGGAAGGCAUGUCUGUUAGAUCUGACCGCAGCUGGCCCUGUGAGUCCGAUCCUUGGAUCGGAGCCUAUUCUGGGAGGAUAGAGGAAAUAGGUAAAGAGAACCAGAAAAGCACCUGCACUGCUUGUUUGGGCUUCACUGGACUCUGCAAACUUUACCUAGUCCCUUUUGGCUACUUAAAUUCAUGAUGUUUUGUGGGAAAGGCACUUUCAUCAUCAGUACAGCUGCACGUGUCACGUACCGUCUCGGGACCAAGAUUGUGCUGCGAGUGAUGUUUUCCUCCAUUGUUGAUACGGAACUUAGACUGUGUCCUGAGUGACCAUCUUGACCAUUCUACAUGAAAUGGGAUGACUGAUAUGCAGAAGAUGCCAGAACCUGGGCAUCCUUCUUGGGCCUAUGAGCCAUCAUGUGGGGACCACAGCUAUCUGUAGUUUCCCUGGGCUAAUGUUACUGCUCUGUAGCUCGGGUGAUGAUGGCUGGAAAUGGAGGACUCUUACCCAACCGGGCAACAACAUUCCUGGAAGUCAGGUUUGUGAUUCAGGUGGUGCUAUGUGUCCCUGAAUGUUACAGGUCAGAAUCCACUAAAAUACAGUGUGCGGGAGGCGGUGGCCAGUUAAUCUGCUGAUGUGGUUUUUGACUAGUGACAAACCUCCUUUUUAGAAGGCAGAAAGGAGGGGAUUAUUGAAAAAUGUUCUAUUUUUAAUGAAGGACUCUUUUUGUACAGAAAUUCUUUUUCCAAAGGCAAACCAUCUCUUCACAUUCUGUUUAUUUAAUGAUGU